AUAUACCAAAAAAACAUAUUUUUGUAUACAUAUAAUAAUGUGAAAUGUUUAAAAUAUAAAUAAAAGACAUGGUGUGGAAUGUGCGAUUGUUAUUUCACAAAUCUUUAUCGAAGCAUUUCUUGUAUUGUAACACACUAUUGUACUCACAAAAACAUGACUUGAAUUUAUUACGAAAUCUUUUCCACGAUAGACCAGCUAUAGUUUUGGGCAUAGAAUCUAGCUGUGAUGAGACAGGUUGUGGAAUAGUUGAUAGUACAGGUAUUAUACUAGGUGAAGCUAUUAAUUCUCAACAUCGUAUCCAUUUAAAUUAUGGAGGAAUAAUUCCUUCGUUUGCACGAAAAAUGCAUGCAGCCAAUAUUACCAGAAUCUGUGAAAAUGCAUUGAGAGUUGCAAAUAUAAAAUUAAAAGAUAUCGAUGCAGUGGCUACGACUGUAAAACCUGGUCUUCCUAUGUCGCUUGAUGUUGGAAUGAGGUUUGGAAAAUAUUUAGCACAAAUUGGAAAGAAACCGUUUAUACCUAUACAUCAUAUGGAAGCUCAUGCUUUAACAGUACGAGCUAGUGAAAAAGUUGAUUUUCCUUAUCUUGUUUUAUUAGUUUCUGGAGGUCAUUGUUUACUUACAAUUGUCGAAAAUGUAGAUAAAUUUUAUUUACUUGGCACUAGUAUAAAUAACACACCUGGAGAAAUAUUUGAUAAAAUUGCACGAAGACUCAAAUUAAGGAAUAUUCCCGAAUUUAGUACAUUAAAUGGAGGAUUAGCAAUAGAAACUGCAUCGCGUAAAGCAUCGAAUGUCAAUCAAUUUCUAUUCGAAUCUAGUAUGACAAAGUAUUACAAUUGCAAUUUUAGUUUUGCUGGAUUGUUGAGUGCUUGUAUAAGAUAUAUCGAACGAGAAGAGAAAAAACAUAAUGUAGGUGCAGAUAUGCUAAUCCCUGAUGUAUAUAAUUUGUGUGCAGCAUUUCAGUUAGCUGUUGUAACACAUAUUUGUCAAAGAACUCAACGAGCAAUGGAAUUUAUCGAUAAAAUGUCGUUGUUUCCCAAAGACAAACAGACCCUGGUUGUAUCUGGGGGGGUCGCUUGCAAUAAUUUUUUAGCAAAUGCGUUAAGUAUCGUAAGCGCAGAAUUUGGUUAUCGUUUCGUAAGAACGCCACCUAAAUUGUGUACAGAUAAUGGAGUAAUGAUUGCGUGGAAUGGAAUAGAAAGAUGGGUUACAAAUAGAGGUGUUAUUAGAGAUCCAGAUGAAAUUGAAAAAUUGUGCAUACAAAGCAGGGCUCCGUUAGGAGAAGAUUGGACAGAAAAAGUAGAGAGGGCGAAUUUGAAAUGCAAAUGGGUAAAAAUAAAGAAAAAUCUUAUUUGA